GGGCUGGCGUCGACCCCGACGGGGAGCUAGGAAGCGACAUAUCAAGACUGGCUUGUUGGGUGAACUUGGUCAUGGUUCGCGACUGCUUGAGUCUGAACGACUGCCUGGUUGCCAAGACAGAAACAGCGUGUCAAGUCAUGCGGGCAUCGCUUGAAGCACAGAACGCGUCUUCCGAUGGAGUACCUACGGUCUUUUCAAUGGAGUGUUCUGGACACAGCGCCGUGCUCAACCUGAAGCCUAUAUUAUAUCACUUUGACGGGCUCGCCGCGUGCGUAGUCCGUUGCGGCCACCUUUGCCAGAGCUGGAGGGCGUCGGCGCGCUAUUCGCAGGCUUUGGACUACGAGAUCGACCAUAGUUUCGAGUUCAAGCGCGUGGAGGCGCUGCCUGAGGGACACCAUGCGUGGCGCGAGUUCGCCCAGAAAGUGUUGGACUUGAGCGGGUUCGGCCUGGCGACCGAGGAAAAGGAUGAGAUUUUGAAAUACGACAACGGUGCGAAGCAGACCGUCAAAGCUGGAAAAGUCGUUGAUUACAUGAAUGGUGACAUUGAUGGCGCCUCGAACUUGAAGGUUCUUAUCCUGCAGGGGCCGCUCCAGGUUUACCUCAAUAAAGUGUUCAAGUGCGAGGCUGAUACUACUAAGUUCGUUGAACUAUCAAUGUCUACGCCAGCGGCUGGGGGCCCAGCUCCUGGGCCGAACUCCUCGCUGCAAGACGCGCUCAAGAAGUCAUGCUCCCGCAACUUGGACAUUAUGACGGGCGUUCUGGGUCGGUCUGUCGUCAGGAACUACGCAGACGCUCUCUUCAGUUAUGACGAUAAGCUCUGGUCGGGCGUGGAAUGGGACAGAGCCGAUCAGUUCGAGAUGGCUGGGCGAUUGAUGGCGAGCAUGGGGCAAUCUUGGCGCAGAUUGGUUUUCCGCUGCCAGCAGCCGAAGUUCGAACUACUUCGUGUCUGCGACGACGGCUUCUCAAGUGAUGAUAUCUCCGGAAUGAUCGGCCCGCUCUGUGCUAAAGGCGAUGCUUGCGACCAUUGCCUCGGCGACUGGUCGAUUGUCUGGCUGAGGCGCCUCAAGGAGCAGCCCCUCAGAACGCGCGAUGCCCUUAUUGCUAUGGUUGCCGCUAUGCCGCCGUCCAGCGCCAAGGCCAUGGCCGACCACGCGUCUGCUGAGGUAUCCCAGCGCAUGGACGACGUGCUUGACGGGCAGGCCACGCUCCUGGACGCUCGUGGCAGUAGCAGCGCAGGCAAACGCAAAUUUGGGACGCUCCGCCAUUUCGAGUACAAUGAGGCGCUCCAGAGGAUACAAGCUGAUAGUUCGUGGGCCGCUGGGGCAGCGCUGGACCACCCGUGGAAGGUUCUACGACCAGACUUGGUGAACAACAUUUUGACCAUGAAGGGGGUUCAAGAGCGUCUAUCCAAACACUUUGACAACAGCGACGUUCCCGUGCCGAACCCCCCAGGGGCUGCGCAGCCCAGGUUGGCCUGCUGCGCGGUGUACGGUGGUCUCUGUUGUACUCGGGACGAUGUUAAGACAGUGGGUACAUUUGUGAAAAAUCUUCAUUCGCAAAUUCGAUCAUUGAAGCUCCCAGUGCUCGUGCAGGUCGCUGGCCCAGCUGGAAUCGCAGCAGAGAAACAUUUUCUGAUAGACAAGUAUGGGGCUGGGGCACUACACGUCCUGGCUCGAGCGCAGCAAACCCUAGGCGAUCCUCAGUGCUUCAAGCUGUCCUUCGAGCCUGGGCUGAUGGGAGCGGCACUGUCGACGUCGCACAUGGUUGGCAAUCGAGUGAUGGCCAACGCUGCGAGGAGACUGAAUAAAGAUUCCAUCCUGGACUUGGAGACGGUGCAGAUCACUAUAUACGACGUGGUUGAUGCUGGUGAUACUUUCGAUAAGUACUGCGUGCGAGUGACUGGCAUCAAUGUGCAGAGGGCCUUGCCACUCGCAUCCAAGCUGAAGUCGCAGACUGCAGAGGCAAAGAAAGACGCCAUCCCCUUCGGGCUCGGCAAGGUCAAGGGCGCCAACCCCGACAUGGCCAUCGUCAAGGUGAAGGCGAAGGGCCCAGUGAAGGAUGCCGCCCACGCUGGCGGAGAUUCGGAGAGCGAGUCGAAACAUGGCAGUGAUGACGAGGUCGACUCUGAGAGCGGGGA